AUGGCUGCUAUGAACGGAGGCAACUUUGCCCAUAAUGGUAUGCCAGCACCACCGAAAAAUGACGGCCUUGUCAUGCCUCUCUUUUCUUUGAAAGGACGAACAGCGAUCGUCUCCGGAGCAGGAGCUGGCAUCGGCCUUUCGAUAGCGCAUGCCUUUGCGGAGGCCGGAGCCAACGUUGCUAUUUGGUACAAUAGUAAUAAGAAAGCUCUUGACGAAGCUGCCAACAUCGAGAAGAAAUUCGGUGUGAAAUGCAAGGCGUAUCCAGUCAAUGUUCAAUCUUGGGAGGCGGUCCGGGAUGCUGUAGACGAAAUCGUCAAAGAAUUUAAUGGCAGACUUGACGUUUUCGUAGCGAACUCGGGAAUCGCCUGGGAGGACGGCCCGUUCAUCGAUGGCCCCAUCGAGAGGAUGUCGAAGGUCCUCCAAGUCAACAUCGACGGUACCUUCUAUUGCGCACGGGCAGCUGCUUUGCAUUGGAGGCGGCAAAAGAAGGAGAGGACGACAAUCGAUGGACAGGAACUAGAGAAUUUUACCUAUGGAAGUUUCAUCGCUACUGCAUCAAUGUCUGGCCAUAUUGCCAACAUUCCCCAGAUGCAAACAGCAUACAACGCCUCGAAAGCCGCCGUGAUCCAUGCAUGUAAAUCAUUUGCUGUCGAAUGGGUCGGUUUCGCUCGAGCGAAUAGUGUCAGUCCAGGUUAUAUCAAGACUGACAUUACGCAAUUCAUCCCUGAAGAGACGAAGGGCUACUUCAAGGACAAGAUCCCUAUGGGUCGUGAAGGCGAGCCGGAAGAGCUGAAGGGCGCGUAUCUGUAUCUCGCCUGCGAUGCAUCAUCAUAUACGACAGGAACCGACCUCUUGGUAGAUGGCGGAUAUUGCGCUGUGUGA